GGUGGCCAAUGCAGAGGCUAGCCAAGCCAAGGGUCUCCUCAUCUACCCGGAUCCCAGCGACAUCCCCCAAGACCCCCGUAAACUGGGCCUUUCCCCUAACAUCAGCAUUUACGGGCACGUUCAUAUGGGGGCUGGAGAUCCCUACAGCCCUGGCUUCCCGUCCUUCAACCACACCCAGUUUCCGCCCGUGAGAUCAUCGGGGCUGCCCACCAUCCUGGCUCACCCCAUCAGCGCUGCCGUGGCGGCCCACUUGCUACGGCAGCUGACGGGACCCCCGGCCCCCCAGUCCUGGAGGGGCCUCCUACCAGAGGUCCCCUACCUGCUCGGCCCCGGGGACCCCAACUUCCGCCUGCAGCUCGGGGUGCACAACGUCCAGCAGUCGGUGAUGAUUAACAACGUUUUCGGCUGCAUCGAGGGCAAAUUUGAACCCGAUCACUAUCUGAUCGUGGGGGCCCAGAGGGACUCCCUGGGGCCUGGAGCUGCCCGGUCUGGAGUGGGCACGGCCAUCUUGCUAGAACUGGCACGGACUUUUGUCGCCAUGGUGCAGAAUG